UGGGGCGGGGCAAAGUGGAGGUGGAGAGGGCCACCGGUGCGCCGGGGCGUGUCUGAGCGUCUACACAAAAGGCGGCAGAAACGGAGGCGCCGCACUCUGCCGAGGAUCCCGAGCGAGGUUUUUGGUUCGGCUGGUUUUGGUUGUGCUAGUGCUCCCGCUGUUGCCAAGUCGCCAGGAUGCGGGACGCAGUCUGGAUGGUCAUCACUGUUUGCUGCACCGCGGGUGCCAUCAACGCGUUGGCUUGUGGGAACGUAGCGAUGCGGGGGAAAGCCACCCAGUCCAGCACCGGCGGUUACGCAACUGCAGACAAAGCGAUCGAUGGAUCUCGGGACGGCGACUACCACCACGGUUCGUGCACCCACACCCGAUCGGAGCCGCAGCCGUGGUGGAGUGUUGACCUGUUCGCGCAGGAAAGUGUGCUCUCGGUGAAGAUCACCAACAGGGCCGACUGCUGCUCCAAGCGGUUCAAGGACGUGACGGUCCAUGUUGGCAAUGCAUUGAAACACCUCGGCGGACAAAACCCAGUGUGCGGGACGAUCUCCUCCCUGAAGGCCGGGGAGACCGCCGUCCUCGACUGUCACGGGAUGCUUGGGCGCUUUGUUGACGUGGUGACCGGCCACCACAUUCUGACCCUAUGCGAAGUGGAAGUGUACGCGCGUGAUUGUGGGGCGAGGGGCGAAUGGCGCGCAGUCCAGCAUCCUGAAUGAUACCAUGUUAAUCUAAUCGUCUCUGCCCGCACGACAUCCAUAUCCCCCCAUCCCCUGCCUGUCUCUGCGCUUAUCCAAUACCUAUCGUAUCUGCUCCACCACCACCCUUGGCAAUGCGUUCCAGGUCGGUCCCUGAAGCUGUCCACCCUUUUCCUGUAGGUAAUACUUUCAAAUACAGACAUGACAAUGUUAGACCUCCUCUGCACCCUUUCCAAACCCUCCACAUCCUUUCUGUAAAGGGGCGAACGGAACUGCACGCAAUAUUACAACUGAGGCCAAAACAAAGUUUUGUAAAGCUGUAACUUAUCUUCCUGGCUCUUGUCCUGAAUAAAAUUGUGAAGCAU